UCGACUUCUCCCACCCAACUGUUUGCACCGCCAUAUCGAAAGCUUGGAGGAACUCUCUGUUAUGCUCUCUUUUCUACAGUAGACGGAGCCAAUCUUCAGGGCAUUGGUGAUUCCUUCAACGUUGAAUCGCAUACAUCUUUCUUCACUGCCCAAUUCCUGCCGGUUGCAUGCCCGCUGACGUAGUCUAAAGGCGCGACGGCCCUGGCCAUCGCACGAUCUCAUGGGAACUCUUUUGGUAGCCAACAUGGCCCCAGAUGGGCUGGACGCCUCCCACACCACAAAGCUUCACCCAUUUUUCGUCCCUGGGAAGGCCGCCGACGCCCCGAGAACCGAUUCGAGUACCGACGACCAGCCUCAGACAGUCGACAGCACACCUUUGAAGAGCAAGCCCGUUCGAUCUCGAAAACAAGCACGCACAUCUCAGCAACCAUCCAGUGAUGUUGAGCCAGCGUCGUCAGACAUAGGUGAGGAUGAACAAGGUCGCAAGAGGCAAAAGACUGGUGCUGGCAAUCCUCCAAGCUCUGGGAAGAAAAGAGGGCGACCCAGGAAGAAGCCAAUUAUCCCAUCUGUCGAUAUCACGAGUCACUUUUCUCUGGUUAAUAGCGUGCCGUCGACCUCGCUGGCCAACGAAGUCCCCCAAACGCCCGAUCCCGCACCGAUACAGCCUGAUGUGGCUACCGGCCCGCUGAACCAGGCCCCGGUGUCCCUUUUGAACAUCAUUGAUGGUCCCUCCAAUACGACCCCGAGUGCGGCGAGCGCAGCUCCUGGUGCCGGAGAGGAGCCCAAAAAGCCUACCAAGGUGCUCAGGUUCAACCCAAAGACUGGUACAAUUGGUUCACCUCCGAAGCCAAAACCAAGCCCUGCAGAGACAUCAAAAGGCGCCAAGGCAUCCAAAUCGCUGGCAAAGCCUUCUCGCAUCGUAAUCAUUAAGUACGGAAUUGAUGCGGCGUCACGCGAACGCAUUGGCUCGAAGAUUGAGCAGAUUCUCACUACCCCAACGAAGACGACACCCCGAAAGCCUCGUGCGAAGGCUCCCAAGCAAGAACAGGACAAAAUAAAGGCGAAGGACUCUCAUCCCCUGUUUCUCGGCAAUGCAAAGAAGGCUGCGAAGCCGGCGGACACGCCUUCCGCCGCUCCCAAACCGCCCAGAGCCACCAUCUUCUCGUCGACCCCAUGCUCUCCUAGAAAGCAGCGACUAGCCCCGACAGCUGGCAAGAUCCAACUUCCACAAUUUGGUGUCCGAUCUAUGGGUCUCAGAGUCCCAGGCGCCUCUCAUCCAGCAUGGCCGGCCCAGGGAAUGGCACAUGUAAGGGGGCUUCUUCCCGAGGAAGAGCGUCUCCCAGUUGCCAAAGACACCCAAGUUUCGUCCCGGAAAUCAAAGGGCCAGACUACGAACAUCUACCCUGGAGAAUCUGUCAUAGACCAGCUCGCCAAAUCGUUAAAUACCCUAAGUAUCAAGAAGUCAGUCCAGGAGGCCGCAGAAGACUACGAGCCGCCACCCGCGGAGCUCCGCCUUCCUGAGAAGCACUUUGAAAGCGGUCGCAAGCUUCGACAAAGAAUUAAGCGAGAGCUUCGAUCUGUUCUACCGGUUAUCUCAAGUGCAGACAGUGAUGAUGAGCUGCUCACUGCGUCCAAUCGAAAACCCCAUCCUGCAGUGGCUCGCCUUUAUAACAUGUUGGAAACCAAUCUCUCAGCUUAUGAUAGGUCGCAAUGCGAGGACCUUCCGUGGGCACACAAAUACGCACCAAUAUGCGGAGAAGAAGUCCUUCAAUUCGAAGAGGGCGUGUUGUUAAAGGAGUGGUUGCAAACCUUAACCGUUCAAUCAGUCAACACAGGCACUGCAGACCAGAAGACUUCUGGCACGAAGCCUGGUUCGGCGGCAAAGAAGAAGCGGAAGCGCGCCAAGAUGGACGGAUUUAUCGUUUCAGAUGGUGAUGAAGCAGACUUUCUACCUUCGGUCUCCGACGACGAGGAUGAAUGGCUGCCGACACCUGUUCACGGUGGCCCGAAGAAGACUGUAGUUCGCAGGGACGUUGCCAAAGAUGCGAGCCGCCUUACCAAUGCAAUCGUCCUUAGUGGACCUCAUGGCAGUGGCAAGACGGCUGCUGUCUACGCUGUCGCAAAGGAGCUCGGUUUCGAAAUAUUUGAGAUCAACGCCAGCAGUCGCCGUAACGGCAAAGAUGUCAUGGAGAAGAUUGGAGACAUGACGCAGAAUCACCUUGUUCAACAUAAUCGCCAAGGCGGCAAGGGUGAUGCUGGGGACAACGCCGAUGACGAGACAGCAAAGGACAUCAAAUCAGGCAAGCAAGGCACCAUGACAUCGUUCUUCAAGCUAAAGGCAGCUCCCAAACCAGAAGCGGCACCACAACCCAGGGCAGUCGACCAACCUUCCGAGGCACACAAGUCAGCAAAGGCAAAGACCCAGAGCCAAAAGCAGUCGUUGAUCCUCCUUGAAGAGGUCGAUCUCCUCUACGAAGAGGACAAACAGUUUUGGGCGACCAUCAUCAACUUGGUUGCGCAGUCCAAGAGACCAUUCGUCAUGACUUGCAACGAUGAGACUCUGGUUCCAUUCCACAGCUUCAUGCUCUAUGGAAUCCUCCGCUUCACACCACCACCAGCACUCUUGGCGGUCGAUGUACUUCUACUCGUUGCAGCCAAUGAAGGUCAUGCUCUUAGCCGAGCAGCCGUGAGCGCUCUCUAUGAAUCAAAGGGCAAUGAUCUCCGAGCGUCUCUGAUGGAGCUCAACUACUGGUGUCAACUUGGAGUUGGUGACCGUCGAGGCGGCUUUGACUGGUUUUACCCACGAUGGCCAAAAGGCUGCGACAAAGACGAGAACGGCGAUGUCGUCCGUGUAGUCAGCGAGGGAACGUACUUGAAGGGCAUGGGAUGGAUCAGCCGUGACCGAGCCGUGGUUCCCAGCACACGAGCUGCUGAAGAAGAGUUGGUGAGCCAAUGCUGGCAGGGCCUCGGAAUGGAUCUGGGCAACUGGCAUGAUUCACUUGACAUGGCCACAUGGGCAGACAGCGUGGUGACUUCUUCGCCCAGCGAUAGAGCUGCCGCGCUAGACGUGUUUUCUGAGUUCUCUGAUCUCAUGAGCGCAGCUGAUGUCUGCUCUGGUGGUGACUUUGGCCUCAAGUUCCAGGAACCUCUCGAUCCUACGCAACCGGAUCUACCUAUCAAAACCCGCGACGACUUCAUUCUGGGCCGGCGCCUGCUCGAAUCUCCAUUCCAAACUGACUACACCUAUACGGCCACCACCAUCGCCACCGGCCUCAAAUGCGCCGCUCGACAACUUCUCCAAACCGCACCCCUACGAGACGGCAGUACAGUCUAUUUGGGUUGUUUCCAAGAAGACAGCGCAAUCAGUCAAAUGGGACAGUUCUUCGUCGCCCCUUCCCGGGAAGAGGUGAUCAACCGCUAUGACAUGGCCGUGGCUUUCGAUCCCAUCGCUAUCUCGGAGAAGGCAGCGGCCAUGAUGGCCACCAGUCUCGAGCCGUCAGUAUUUGAUCGUACGAUGCGUUUGAUUACCCUCGAAGUGGCGCCUUAUGUGCGCAGCAUCAUCAACUACGACCAUCGUCUCAUGCAGAAUCGCAUGCAACGAAGCGGUCUACUCAGUGAAGGUGGCAGGCCAGGUAAGAGGAUGCGUAGUACUCGUGCUGCCUACUCAGCAUUAGAGGGUGUGGCGCGUGUCAAUAUGCGCAAGGAGAACUAUUUUGCCGCAGAAAUUAGCACUCCUCUGGUCAUGAGGACUGCAGGAGAAGGCUGGCAAGCUGCUGUAGAUGAGGCCAUGAGCUUGAUGGAGCAUUCGCCAAGUCCAGCACCCGAGAGUGAACCUUGUAUGGAAAUUCCCGUGGAAACAAACAACACUGUUGUGUCGACUGGCGAGGAAUAGAUGAACAUGAUGAAUACGUUACAUUUGGGGGAAGCGAAAGCAUAAAGGAAGAGAGGGUGGUUUGGCGCAGUUGCAGGAGUACAACGGGAUGGCAUUAAACCUGGCUGGUAAUCUGGCUCAAA